UGCAGCCUCCCCUGUCACUUACACACUUCCUGUCACACAGUGGCCCCUGGGAAGGACUCCUCCUCUCUUCAGCAGGGCUACCACUUGGCCCUGUUCUCUGCUUCCUUUGGUUUCCCCUGAGAGGUGUGAGUUCACCAGAGGGGAAAGCACAGCGGGGAUCUUGUAUGCAUUCGGAUUCCUGGCCGAGGGGGCUGCUCUCCUCUCUGAGGGGGCUGCUCUCCUCUGAGUUGUGUUCCGGUCAUUCUCAAAGGGCCCCUGGAAAUGGAUAGUGCAGUGUGUCUGGGGAAUCCUGGAUGGUGGGACCUGCUACUGUCACCCCUUCUCCCCAGGACUCCUAUCCCCAGGCCCUCUGAGGGGCUUGGGGACCAGUUCUACAAGGAAGCCAUUGAGCACUGUCGGAGCUACAACUCGAGGCUGUGUGCAGAGCGUAGCGUGCGGCUCCCCUUCUUGGACUCGCAGACUGGGGUGGCCCAGAACAACUGCUACAUCUGGAUGGAGAAGAGGCACCGAGGCCCAGGCCUUGCUCCUGGCCAGCUGUACACAUACCCUGCCCGCUGCUGGCGCAAGAAGCGACGAUUGCACCCACCAGAGGACCCAAAGCUGCGACUCCUGGAAAUAAAACCCGAAGUAGAACUGCCCCUGAAGAAAGAUGGAUUUACCUCUGAGAGCACCACACUGGAAGCCUUGCUGCGUGGAGAGGGAGUGGAGAAGAAGGUGGAGGCCAGAGAAGAGGAAAGCAUCCAGGAAAUACAGAGGGUUUUGGAAAAUGAUGAAAAUGUAGAAGAAGGGAAUGAGGAGGAGGAUUUGGAAGAAGAUAUUCCCAAGCGCAAGAACAGGACCAGAGGACGGGCUCGUGGUUCUGCAGGUGGCAGGAGGAGGCAUGACGCUGCCUCUCAGGAAGACCAUGACAAGCCCUACGUCUGUGACAUCUGUGGCAAGCGCUACAAGAACCGGCCAGGACUCAGCUACCACUACGCUCAUACUCACCUGGCCAGCGAGGAAGGAGAUGAAGCACAAGACCAGGAGACACGAUCCCCACCCAACCACAGAAACGAGAACCACAGACCCCAGAAAGGACCAGAUGGGACAGUCAUUCCUAAUAACUACUGUGACUUCUGCUUGGGGGGCUCCAGCAUGAACAAGAAGAGUGGAAGACCUGAAGAGCUGGUGUCCUGUGCAGACUGUGGACGCUCUGGUCAUCCAACUUGCCUGCAGUUCACUCUGAAUAUGACCGAGGCGGUUAAGACCUACAAGUGGCAGUGCAUAGAGUGCAAAUCCUGUAUCCUGUGUGGGACCUCAGAGAACGAUGACCAGCUGCUCUUCUGCGAUGACUGUGACCGUGGCUAUCACAUGUACUGUUUAAAUCCCCCAGUGGCUGAGCCCCCAGAAGGAAGCUGGAGCUGCCAUUUAUGCUGGGAGCUGCUCAAAGAGAAAGCAUCAGCCUUUGGCUGCCAGGCUUAGGGUCCCAGGUCACAAAAGGCAGCCGCCAUUGGAGAGGCUGAACUGAAGCCCCGUUCAACCCAGAUGGAGAUCUCCUCCUGUAUAUGCACAUAGACCAACUGCAAGGAAAACGAAGAAUUACAGAAGGGAGCGGAGGGAGCAAGGUCUCCUCACCUCUUGCCCUACCUGUGACCUCCCUGCCCACGCAUACUUCAGCCAUCGUGCUUCCGCGCUUCCUCGUUUCUACCAGCAGGAACUUGGCACUUUUGAAGAACAAUCCAGCCCCAGCUCUGUGGAACCUUCCUCAUGGUCGCCUUCACAUGCAUCCCUCUCAUUGCUUCCCAUUUUAGAGGAAGCCAUUUUGUGACUGCUCAUCAACUACUCAUGUGUUGCUUGGUGGGGUUCUUGUUUUAUUUUGUUUUGUUUUGUUUUCUUCUAUUGUGUUUCUCAAGAACUCGUCACACAGUGUCCUCACCCUUAGCUUAGGCUCUUCAUCCCAAAUUCUCUCACAGAGGAUCAGAGUGCUGUGGUGAAGCUCUUGCUCAGUACCACUCUCACUGGAAACGUCUGUUUGGAGGCCAUCUUGAAGGCGGAAUUUGGAAAUGUCUUGGUUUUCUUAGUCUCUGCUAAGAAGAGAAGUUGUAGUGUUUGAGUCUCCACAGUAGUAUCCACAGCUGUGAUGACCUUGAUCCCGCCCCUUGAUCAGAGGGCCUGGAAGAUGGGAGGAAAACUUGGGGCCCUGCUAUAACCAGUCAGUAUUUGCUGUCCCUCAAGAGGGACUUUGCAAGGGACUAGGUGGUUCCUUGACCUUCAGAACUGUGGUGUCCUUGAGGUGAGACAACACAGUCUCUAAACACAGAAAAGUGCUGAAGAUCCUUCCCCCCAACUGAAUUGAGCAUGAAGGUCUGGCUCAGUCUCUGGGGGUGGGACUCAAGCUCUGGAGAGGUGGGCAAAGGAUGCCCACUCAACAGUCCAGUGUUGGAUAGAAGAAACUGUAUGUGGCUUUGAGAAACCUUCCAGUAUUGAUGCUAGACUAUGGAUUUCUUUUCUGGGCAUUUCUUCCUUCCAUGUAGUAUAGGUUUGCCAGUGACCACUGAGAUGUGACUGGAAAUUUUAGAAUGGAGGAGAGAUGAACAUUACUUAACCAGACCAUUGGGCACGGUGAUUACUUGUGACUGGGUGAUUCAGAACCCUCGCCUGUUCUUGCACCCUAGGCUCUCCCAUAUGGGACGGGCUCUUAUUUGAAGCAAGGUUUCUAGAAGAUAUAAGAAGGCUUAGGUUCCGAGAACUCUGUGUGUCAGAGGAGAAGCCUUGAGGACUGGAGUGGGCUGGGUUGUCUUUGAAUCACAGCAACAGCAUGAUAACUGACACAUUUCUGGAAAAAUCAUUUGCCCAAAGGGCAGGUCUCCGUGAGCAGGGCCCUUGCGCAUGCUCUGCUUCCCUGGAAUCAGCUCCAUCGCUGUGGUCCAGCAGUUUGCAACAAAGGCCUGGGUUAUUUUUAGUCUUCAGCUCCUGAAGAAGCCCCUGGAGACCUGAGCUGGCUGGGCCCCUCUGCCCAGCUGCAGCAAGGCCUCUGCCACGACACAGGAGUCAUCCUCCCCCUGGCUAAUUGCUCUUGGCACGUAGACCCAGGGCAGCCUGGCAUGGAACCAAACGGUGUGCCCCUCCCUGCAACUUCUUUGCAGAGUGACCUGUAGCAAGAGAGUGGGGGUCACCCUCCUGCAGGCCCUGUGGCCUCAGAGCUAGUUCAUGCAUAUGAAAUGAUCUCAUUUAAAGGGGCCCUGUCUGGAGAGCCUCUCUUUCCUCCCCUCAAGCUCCCUUCUUCUUCCUGCUGGUUGCUGUGCCUGUGUGGAUUCAAAAGACCCAAGGAAGGGCUGGAGGAAUGGGUCAUCUCCACAGAGGGAUACAUCAUCUCUCCAGACUCGGCUGGCUCUCUCUCUUCCCACAAUACCUAAAGCAGAGUAUCCUCAAAGGCUAAUUACUUAUUUGAGGAAUCAUAUUAAAUUAAUUUCAGGGGUGGGGGAAGACCCAAGUGUUCUGGAAUGCUAUACUGGCUUAAAGGUGGGGAAAACAAUAAGUCUAAAACCCUGCACGUGUAUGGCUCGGAGACUCGGCAGAUCCCCUUCUGGAGUGUACAGGAGUCUGCUCUCUACAGAAAUGCCGAUGUUCUAUGCCCAGCCACGCUUGUGCCCACCCAAGCUGAUGGGGAUCAUGCCCCCCUCGCCAUGUCAAGGCAGCAGUCGGAGCUUGUCCGCAGCACUGGGGCUGCUCAGCACUCGUCGUCUCCUAAGGAAGGCUCCUGAGGGGUCCUUCCCUGUUUCACUUGGCUUGGAGAAUGGGCUCAGUCUUUCUGCUUCAGAGGUUUUGGUUUGGUUCCCCAUGCAGAGAGCAGGGAGAGCAGCUCGGCUUGGAGAUGUCCUGUUAGGGUACGGCAGGCCAGGUCUCCAGAGCCAUCCUUCUGCAUCGGAAAAAGAAGGUAUUAGUAAAGUAAAAUAGAUAUUUUACUUUAUCAGAUAUCUUCUUUCUCAGAGCCCUGGGAUGAACGACCAUCACAGGGUCAGGGUUCCAGUGUCCCCUGUACCCCUGAAUAGUGUGUGACCUUGGACCAAUCACUUAGCACGAUGUGUACCCAUCUGUAAAACUGAAAUGAGAACCCUUGCCUUUUCUAUUCCACAAUGACACUGGGAGGGGCCCGAAGAAUAAUGUUACAUAAACAACCAACUGCAGA